AUGCCGCCAACGCUGUUGCCGUCCGACAGGAUGCUGCUGGUCAGUCGCGGCACUCGGCGUCUCGGCGAGAUACUUAACAAGCGAUGCUACUGGGUCGGCGUUUCGGCCCUCACGGCUGUCGUCUUCGUCCUUCUCGGCGUCACCGCGCUCCCUCAGCUCGAAGCCUUUUUUGCGCCGGGCCACCUAUCCGUGAACGUCACCGAUGACUUGCAAUACGAGGCGCAGCGAACGAACGGGAGCCUCUCUAUCGGCGAAGAGAUGGCUUCCCUGGCCGCGAAGUCGCGCCGCCAGCCGCAGCCGUACGUCUGCAGCACGGCCGCCUGCGCCAAGGAAGGCAAGAGAGUCGUCAAGGCCGUUGACAACUCGACGAAUCCGUGCGACGAUUUCUACCGGUACGCCUGCACCAACUGGAUGGCCUUCAACAAACCGGGCCCCAAAGAUGCCAGGGCAUCCGUCGAUGACCGCCUUAUCUACAGUUACGCCGAGAUAAUGUCCCGUGUGCUGGCGCAGAAGCACAACGUCGUGCCCUCGGUGAAAGUGCUCUUCGACAACUGCGUCAACCCGACCGACGAACUCUUCGGGCACAUACGCAGCGUCUAUUUCUACCUGCUCGGGUUUCAAGACUGGCCCUACUUAGCCACCAGCUCUGGCAGAAUCAGCGCCGAUGAACUGUCUUCCAAGAUGGGCGACCUCCACCGCCACCUAGGCAUUGACAGUCUCUUCCACUUUUCGCUCGUCGAAGAAUAUGAAAACAAUGGCACCCUCUCGCCUGUUAUCGGAGAACCCAAUCUCUUGAUAGGCAGACUUCAGGGCCCUCUGAACGAAUACCGAUUCCUCAGCGACGCGUUCCAGGCCCUGAUGCACUCUAUGGGCAAGGUUGCCGACACUGACGUCGCUCAGAUCGAACUGGAUCUCGCUCAGCGAAAGACCUCGCACACUCAUGACUGCAUGCUUUUUCCCAAGCAUUGCGGUGCGAUGAGCUUGUCCAACCUUCCCGGCACCAGGCUUUUUACAUGGCGCAUCCUGUUGGAGCGGGCCUUCGGGGAUCGCAUUCUCGCCCUCGCCGGUCACAAGGUCAAGGUGACGAGCUUGGAGUACCUGUCCAGCUUCGCGAACCAGGGAACGCUACCGAGAAAAGCGGACGUCCUCAAUUACAUCGUGUUUCGCGUAUCCAUGGCGCUCUCGCCGUUCAUCAAGAACGUCGAGCUGCGAAACAAGCUGGCCUCCAUUGCGUAUGCCGACCAGCCUGAGUUCGCCAAACACCUACCCGCCACUCACUACUGUGUCAAGCUGCUAGAUCGCAUGGAACCGUACGUUCCGAUGAUACUGGCCUACAGCGGCUCCGUCAAACUGCUAGGCUACGAGACGCUGAGAGACCUGCUCUUGAAGCGCCUCAACACCAGCUUCUACGAGUUCGCGCGCAACGACUCACGGUUUUUCGGUGCGUUCAAAGACAGCCUACUGAGGAAGCUUCGCGCUCUUUCCUGGGAGCCGCUCGUUCCACGCAGUUUCUUCGACAAGGCAUUCCGCAACAAGUACUUUAGCAACAUGUACAGCAGCAACCCCACGGCACCGCUAAACGCGUUCUUCUAUUACUGGCUGAAGAACGCUAUGAUGAGGCGAAACUGGCUGUCGUCCGAUUGGUACAGGCAGUAUAAGACGGGCUGGAAAGGAGGCUUUUUGCGUACGUACCCGUCCCUCGAAGCGCCAUAUCGGAACCUGGAAAUACCGCUGGCCGUGUUUGACUUCGUUAUGUCGAGCCACGCGUCGAUCCAGCUGUUACACGUGCCAAGAGUAGCCACUCGCGUCUAUCGCAGCCUUUACCGUUUCAUAUAUUACUGGGCAUACACGUUUUACUUCCACACGGCGGCUACGGACCCGGUGUCUGUCUUGGAGAACAUCCGAGGUUGCUUGCAGCAAGACUACGCCGCCUUGCGGUCUCCCUUUUCCAAUGCGUCGCUGAACAGCGAACGAACUUCUUUGUCGGACCUGUUCGAUGCCUUGGCCAUCCCUGCCGCUUUCAAUGCCUUCCUGGCGGAAGCUUUGAGAGGAUCCAGCGCUUUCCGGCUAGCGGAAGCGCUCUCUUACACCCACGAGCAACUGUUCUUCCUUUAUUACGCUUUUGGACACUGCGAGAACAAUAACCCCGACUUCCUAGCCAAGUGGAUGCGCCAAGGGUCGGAAAGCCCAGCCUGGUAUAGGGUUAACGGACCUCUCCGUCAUUUCCCGGCGUUUUCCAAGGCCUUCAAAUGCCCGGCUGGAAGCUUCAUGAACCCUGUUAAGAGAUGUGUUAACUCAUAA